UACCGCACACAUACAUUUACCUAAUCUUAAAGUAGUGUAUGUAAUCUAUAUUCUAAGCAUAUCUAAAUUUAUUUUAAUUUAUAUGAAUUCAAAAAAAAAAAGAGUGAGAUAAAAGUGAUAUAAAAUUGCAUCUACAAGCAAAAGCAAAAGAAGGUGAAAACAAUUUCAGUUGGUAGUUUGGAUGAGUUUUGAGCUGAACUGAGUGAGUGAAUGAGUGAGUGAGAGUGACGAUUAUAACCAACACAUUGUCACCUCCGAAAGCAACGGAACAUCCUUUCAACUGCUUCUCUUUGUUUUUUCGUAGCUAGGUAGUGCCACUGGCAAUUGUUGCAAGUUUUUCUUCGCAAUUAUGAGUUUUGUUUUCAGAGGGAGUAGGGAAGAUAUUGAAAGUGGUUUUCCAGAUUAUGUUCCUGAAAGAUCCUUGAUGCGUAUUCAUCCGGCUCGACCAAUUAGUAGCAAUUCUCUGGCUUUUCUCACCACAGUUAUUGUGUUAUUCAUGCUGCUGAACUCUCCUCAGAUGGCACAUUAUUUUAUGCUAUGGCUUGUGCUUGCUGUUUUUGCGAUGGCUACAAGCUUGAGGAUGUACACAGCUUGUCAGCAUCUUCAAGCUCAGGCCAGGGCUCAUGCAGCAGCAGCAACUGGAUUGCUUAGCCAUACCGAAUUAUGGCUUAAUGUGCCACCAUCCAUAGCAAUUGCAACUAGAGGACAAUUGCAGGGGCUUAGGCUUCAGCUUGCACUACUUGAUCGUGAAUUCGAUGAACUAGAUUAUGAUGCUUUGAGAGCUCUUGACUCUGAUGCUGUUUCGACUACUACUUCCAUGACUGAGGAAGAGAUAAAUGCCUUACCCGUUCACAACUAUAAAGUUGCAGUUCCAACAAAGGAUUGCUCAGCAGGGUUGGGAUCCUCUUCAAGUGCUGCUGAGAAUAAGCAAGCCUGCGAAGGAGCCGAGGGAAAUAACCAAGGCCCGGAAGAUGAGCUAACAUGUACCAUAUGCUUGGACCAAGUUAACGGUGGCGAACUAGUCCGUAGCCUGCCAUGCUUGCAUCAGUUUCAUGCCAACUGCAUUGAUCCAUGGCUCCGGCAGCGAGGAACAUGUCCGGUGUGCAAAUUUAAGAUGGGUUUGGAAUGGCGAGGAAACAGGGAGACUGAGACUGAUUCCGACGGUUCAGAUAUUGCUUAGUAUUCUUCCAAUCAACAUAUAGCUGUAAAAUGCAUGAUGUGUGUAUAUCAAGUUCAUCCGUUCAAGUAUAUAGCAAAAUAAAACAUAUGAUGUGAUGUCUUUACCUUGAACCUGUUCUUACUCCUUAGGAUAACAAUAUUAUGAAUCAAAUCCAUGUUCGGUCAUAAUCACAUUAGGGAAGCUGGUUUGUCUUGGACGCUACAUGCUCUCCAUCCUUUGCCAUAUGCAAAAAUACAAAAGUGAUUCAGCAAUUACAUUAUUA